AUGACUUUACGACGAUCCAUCAUGCUAUUUAUAUCCUACGUUUAUCGAUCGAUUGCAUCCAUUAAUCGAAAUUAUCGUUGUUGGAUCUUUGUUAUUGUUGCAGCGACAGCAUAUGUUAUUAUUUUUGCAUCCUUGUCAUUAAAAAAAUCGACACUGAGUUCAGAAUCAAUUUUUGUUCAUAAUGAUUUACGACAACAACAACGGCAAGACCAGAAAACAAAUGAAAAUGUUCAAAAUAACAUCAUAGAAUCAUGUUUAUCUUCGUGCAUAAAUAAAGCUUCUUAUAAAAGAACAUUAAGGAAAUCUCGUAAAAAAAUAUCUCCUGAAGCACGUUCACGUUAUUCAUUUAUUGAUAUUGAUCAACUUAACGUUGACAUUAAUUAUCUUGAUAAAAUACAUCGUCCGUCACAAUUAUUAAAUAUCAGUGUUCCACCUGUAAAAAAUCAUCCAGAUACACAUAUAUUGAAAGUUAAAGGUAAUCCAUCUGUGAUCAUAUACAAUCGACUACCACAAUGCUAUGAAUAUACCAUGAGAUCAUUAUUAGAAGGUAUAUCUUAUCUUCACUCGUAUAGUUAUGUACCAAGCAAAAUAUAUGUUCCAUUUUCUUAUAAUAAGUCUGCAUUAAUAUCAAUAGCACAAUCAUUAAAUAACUAUAAAUUUAACGAAUUAAUAUACGAACGACAUAUAUAUUUUUUUGAUUAUCAUACAUUAAAAUUUCCCAAUCAUCCUGUAUGGAUUAAUUUAGUUCGUGAUCCAAUAUCUCGACUAGCAGCAGAGUAUCAACGUUCACGUGAAAUUUGUCGAAAGACAAAUCGUUGUUUUGUACAAGAAGAUAGACUAAAUGAAACCCUUGAUGAAUGCGUUGCAAGACGAUCAGCAAAAGAAUGUAUUUCAUCUCAAAAUGGUAUUGCACGAAUGUUACCAUUUUUUUGUGGAUUAACAUUUCCAAAGCGAUGUCAAGAAGAAAAUAAUUGGGCAUUACAAAAAGCAAAACAAAAUAUUAAUGUUUUCUAUACGGUUGUUGGUAUUGCGGAACACUUUUAUAAAUUUCUAUAUGUUCUUGAACGACUUUUACCUAAGUAUUUUAAACUUUCUCGUCUUCUAUUUAUGAAUCAACAAAACUCAAAACUAAUGGCAGAUAAAAGAGAUUUAAAUGUUCAACUUCCAAAUAAUACUACAAGAGAAAUUCUUAUGCCACUUCUUAAAUAUGAAUAUGAUUUAUACAAUCAUAUCAAAAAGCGAUUUUUACGUCAAUAUGAAAUAUUGCUUGAACUUGAUAAUUGA